AUGACCAAGGCUGAGAUCGAUUCGAAUGUCUUAUACUCUCAGGUCCAGCGAAGACUGGUCGAAAGUGGCGAAUGGGACCGGAUGUUACGACUUCUAAAUGCAAAGUUGAAUGAAAGUGGAUGGACAGACGACCUGAGACAUCGUGCUAAAGAGCAUGCCAGAUCUGUAGAUGCUCCAACUUUCCAGUCGCUCUUAGAAGAAAUUUCGCCGCAAGUGCAAACAACAAUGCCGUUGGCGGUGAAACGAGAGCUCAUUGCUACCAUUCGACAAUAUGUGGAAAAACAGUUCGAAAAAUAG